ACACGGCUCAGAGACAGAAACACACUGAACUUGUGGAGCUCUUUUGUUACUCUCUCUCUCUCUCUCUCUCUCUGUCAGUCUCAGUGGCUAAAACUUUUCGCUCGUGUUUCUCGACGCGUUCAAACUUUCGCAGGCAUCUUCCAACUCCCUCCCUCCCUGCUACUACUACCUCCUUUUCACUGCGUGCGUAAUGAGCCAGAGAGCUUUAGGAAACUUGUGAUGGCUAUGAAGAAAUCUCACUUUAUUUCUGACACCUGUUGCCGAGGACACCGCGCACACAGGCGUCCAAAACAAGGAGCUCGUACCGCUGGCUCUGACUUUGUUUCUACGUUACUACAUGAAGAGUUUGGAGAUUUUUGGGCACUGACUGGUCCUUGGAGUUUUUACCUCCAUGCACUCCCAUAAAUCGACUUUUUGGACUCAUAUCGGGGCUUUUCGUGUUGCUUGAUCAGUAAAGUUUAAUCGAGAAGUGGAGGAAGUUUGUACCUGUGUCAUACAGUGAGAUCUCUGGAACAAGCUGGUCUGCUAUCUGCCUGGAGGUCCCCCCCUCCUUUUCCAUAGAAACAACGACCGGUCUGCAGUUUCCCAGCCGGGAGGAGAGACUCAUUUUUUGGGACUUGAGCGCGUCAGAUGGUGGGGAGGAGAAACUUUUCUUGAAGAGCUCAGCUAGAUUCAAGCUCCAAACAGGUCGCGUGCUGACUAUUGCAGACUUUAGGACGUGCUUUGGGACAAGCUUUUUCCUCUGCUCUUCCUCUCCUCUUUUCCCCAACCGUGCCAACCUUAAAUCCAUCCCAAAGACCCAGCAGCAGGACCGAGCUGGGCGCCGCCUGAUUGUCUGCCCCAUGUUUCCACAGCAGAGCACUUACACCGUCGGCUGUGCGGCGGCGAACAUGGACAUCAGGCCUUUCCGGAGAAGGAGAACCGGUGUGGUUCGACAUCUGCUGCUGGCAGCCGCCUUCCUUGCCUGCAGCUCCCAACUGCUGCUAGUGGAUGCCAACUCAUGGUGGUCACUAGCUCUGACCCCAAUCCAGCGGCCGGAGAUGUACAUCAUCGGAGCUCAGCCUCUCUGCAGCCAGCUGUCUGGUCUCUCUCAGGGCCAGAGGAAGCUGUGCCAGCUGUACCAGGACCACAUGAUCUACAUCGGAGACGGAGCCAAGACUGGCAUCAAGGAGUGCCAGUACCAGUUCAGACAGAGGAGGUGGAACUGCAGCACGGUGGACAACACGUCUGUGUUCGGACGGGUCAUGCAGAUUGGCUCCAGGGAAACCGCCUUUACGUACUCCAUCAGCGCCGCCGGGGUGGUCAACGCCAUCAGCAGGGCGUGCCGCGAAGGAGAGCUCUCCACCUGCGGCUGCAGUCGGUCCGCUCGACCCCGCGACCUGCCGCGUGAUUGGCUGUGGGGAGGCUGCGGUGACAACGUGCACUACGGCUACCGGUUCGCCCGAGAGUUUGUGGACGCCAGAGAGAGGGAGAAGAAUUACCCACGAGGCUCUGCUGAGCACGCUCGCACUCUGAUGAACCUUCAGAACAACGAAGCAGGGAGACAGGCGGUGUACAACCUCGCAAAUGUGGCGUGUAAGUGUCAUGGUGUUUCAGGUUCCUGCAGUCUAAAGACCUGUUGGCUUCAGCUGGCUGACUUCAGACGUGUUGGAGAGUUCCUGAAGGAGAAGUAUGACAGUGCGGCGGCCAUGCGCAUAGGACGCAAGGGCAAGCUGGAGCAGUUGGACAAGCGCUUCAACACCCCGACCCCGGAGGACCUGGUGUACAUCGACACCAGCCCGGACUACUGCCUCCGCAACGAGACCACCGGCUCGCUGGGCACGCUGGGUCGCCUCUGCAAUAAAACUUCGGAGGGCAUGGACGGCUGCGAGCUGAUGUGCUGCGGCAGAGGAUACGACCAGUUCAAGACCUACAAGCACGAGCGCUGCCACUGCAAGUUCCACUGGUGCUGCUACGUCAAGUGCAAGCGCUGCACAACGCUGGUGGACCAGUUUGUGUGUAAAUAGCACGCUGACGGAUGAUGGACGGAUGUAAGAGGAUGAGAAAGACAGAUUUGAUGGAUGAUGGAGGAAGGAGCAUUUUCAGCGGUUUGUUCAGGAUAAGUUAAGACACAUCAGCUUCAUUUUCAGGCAGGUUUUCUUUUCUCCUCCAUUGUUAUUCAAAUCUCCCGGCUUUUACUGAUGAACGAGUCGAUGGAAAACAAUGAAGAGUGUCUAUUCGCCCGUGCGUUUUGGACACCUCUGGGUCCAGAUUCUCAUCACUUCCUUUAUUAUAGCCUGAUCAAAACCCUGAACGAUGGAUGGGAUGGGAAAAAAAGAAAGGACAAAAAGAUUGGACUUGGAAAAAAAGGAACAAAUGGAUCCUGAAAAAAGGACACAUGCAAUUAGUGUGAAAAAAAAGAUAUGAGAGAUGAAAUAAAUAUAUGAAUAAAUAAUAAAUAAACA